CAUUACGCCUCAGAAGAGGGCGGGGAUAAAUUGCGUGUAGAUAAGUUGCGUUUAGCCUGUGUUACGUGACGCGUCAAAACUUAGACAAAUUUUAAUCGUAAUUUUGGUCACAAAGUGUAUUAUUUGUGUGCCAAAUUAGUCUCACGUGUUUACUGGUCGACAAGCGUGCUUCUGUGCUAAAUUACGGCGCAAAGAUUUGUCGAAAAGACUAAGGAGCCAAAGUUCCACGCACUGUUGUUUUUGGAACGAUGAGGCGGGGUUCUUCUUAUGACUACAGAGACAGGGAUCGUGGACGAGACAGGCCUCGUUCUGGACCAAUUGGGAGUCGCAGUUUUGGCCCCCCGCCCAUGAAGAUUGGGAAUUUAGGCGACCGUCUCCGCAAGAAGAAGUGGAAUCUGGAUGAGCUGCCGAAAUUUGAGAAGAACUUCUACACUGAGCACCCAGAUGUCCAACGUUUGACUGAGUAUGAAAUUGAAGAGUUUCGCAGCAAGAAAGAGAUCACCAUCAAAGGCUCUCACUGUCCAAAACCUGUAAUCACUUUUCAACAGGCACAGUUUCCACAAUAUGUGAUGGACGUGCUCAAGCAGCAGAACUUCACGGAGCCCACACCGAUUCAGGCUCAGGGCUUCCCUCUGGCUCUGAGUGGCAAGGACAUGGUGGGGAUAGCGCAGACUGGCUCUGGAAAGACUCUCGCUUAUCUUCUUCCAUCAAUUGUACACAUUAAUCAUCAGCCCUAUCUUGAGAGAGGAGAUGGUCCUAUUUGUUUGGUCCUUGCCCCGACCAGAGAGCUGGCCCAGCAGGUUCAGCAAGUGGCUUCUGAGUAUGGCAAGUCUUCCAGAAUCAAAAGUACCUGCGUCUAUGGUGGAGCACCCAAAGGGCCGCAGAUUCGAGAGCUAGAGAGGGGUGUUGAGAUCUGCAUUGCCACGCCUGGUCGCCUGAUUGACUUCUUAGAGUCAGGGAAGACUAACCUGUCCCGCUGCACCUACCUUGUGCUUGACGAAGCUGAUCGUAUGCUGGACAUGGGAUUUGAACCACAGAUCCGCAAGAUAGUCGAACAAAUCAGGCCUGACAGACAAACACUUAUGUGGAGUGCAACUUGGCCCAAAGAUGUCCGUCAACUAGCUGAAGACUUUUUGAGGGACUACAUCCAGAUUAACGUUGGAGCCCUUGAGCUCAGUGCCAACCAUAACAUCCUGCAAAUAGUUGAUGUCUGCAUGGACAGCGAAAAGGACCACAAACUUAUGCAGCUUAUGGAGGAGAUUAUGGCAGAAAAGGAGAACAAAACCAUCAUCUUUGUGGAGACCAAGAAACGCUGUGAUGAGCUGACGAGAAGGAUGCGACGGGAUGGGUGGCCAGCCAUGUGUAUCCAUGGAGACAAGAGCCAGCCAGAAAGAGACUGGGUGCUCACAGAAUUCCGAAGUGGGAAAGCUCCCAUCCUGAUUGCCACAGAUGUUGCCUCUCGCGGUCUGGAUGUUGAAGAUAUCAAGUUCGUCAUCAACUUUGACUAUCCAAACUCCUCUGAAGAUUACGUCCACCGUAUUGGACGGACAGCCCGCAGUACCAACAAGGGCACUGCCUACACCUUCUUCACUCCUGGUAAUGCACGGCAGGCCCGUGACCUUGUCCGAGUUCUGCAGGAGGCAAAUCAGGCUAUCAACCCUAAACUGCUUCAGAUGGUCGAUUCGGGCCAUGGAAGAGGAAGUGGUGGCAGAAUGCGUUACCGUGGCAGCAGCUCCAACAAUCCCAAUACGAUGUACCAGGAUGAGUGUCAACGCCGCAUGCGUCCUGCGGAGGCAAGCAGCAGCAGCAGAGAUAGCCGCUCUGGCUACGGCCGCACCGACCGCAAUGAUGACACCCCCUCAUCGUCCUACAGCGACCGGAACAGAGAUCGGAGCAGGAAUGGCCACAGUUCGGAUCAGUACCAGGGCUACAGUGGCAGCCGCACCUCCAACACUAGUGGAGGCCCGUCUGCAACCGGUGGAGGGAUGGAUCACUCGAGUCAUCUUCAGGGUCAGUUUGCCCAGCCUCUUCCUCCAUCUGUGCCGCCAGCUGGGCCACAGCCUCUCAUGUCUCAGCAGUAUGUGCCACCACAGCCCCCUUUAAUGGGCUUCGUGGGGCAACAGCCUUAUCAGUUUCAUCCCCCUCCUUCUGACCCUUCUCCCAAUUAAUAGUAAUAUCCAUCCAUUUUCGAGAAUGCUUGUUCAGGGUCACAGGUGAGAAAUGGGGUGUACCCUGGACUGGUUUCGAGCCAAUCGUAGUAGUAGUAAAAUGAUUGGGACUAUUUGUUUGACGUUUGUAUUAAGCUACUUCGAGACCUCAGUGAAAUCUAAAAAAACAUAUCUACACCACUCUAUGCAGGUUGUACCAAUUUUAUUCAGUAAACAUAAACUGCAAUAACGUGUCUAUUAGAAUCGUUGCAGGAAUUUACGUCAUCCCGUGUAUUUUCCUGGUCUGGUUCAACAUGGUUCUGUUGUCAAUGAACUAGCUGGUACAUUGAUAUCAAAGUUUCGGGGCAAAUAGUCCUUCAUGUUUUUUUUUUUCUGAAGUACCGGUAGUUUUGAUUCCUUUCGGUAUUCUGUACCAUUUUAACUUUUGGUCAGAUUCUGUGGCUACCCAAUUUUCUUAGUCUCGACUAAAACGUCAAGGACAAAAAGAAAUGUUUCCACAACGGUGAGCGAGGUUUGUAUAUCCAGCACCAUGCCAGAUUUGAAUGGUCUUAAAAGCACAUAGGGAUAGGGCGCUGGGAUGGUGACCAUUCCAUAUAUGCCAUGAAUUAAAACCUUUAUGCACAUGCACGUGGGUGGAGGUCUAUUAAGCUUUAUUUAGCCAUGGUGGAGGUUUGCCUUUUGCUGGGAGUACAGUUCUAGUUCAAAUGAAUUUGGCUCAGAGUACACUUAAAAAGGAAAAACAUCUUAAAAUCUCAGGUAUGAUUUUUGCUCUAGUUAUAUUUUCUAUUGAAAAAGAUGCCAUAUUGGCAAGCACUUCCUGUUGUAUGGAGUUUCUCGCCCAUCCCCCCAGAAAUAUUUUGGUCUGUGUAGAUGUUGAACA